AUGAGCAGCUAUGCGAAGAGUUUUGCGAUGUUUGGCCUCGUUUUUUCGGGCGCUGAAUGUACCGUCGAAAAGGUCAGGGCGAGGCAUGACAUUUGGAAUUCCAUUAUCGGCGGAUGUGUUACGGGCGCUGUCAUGUCGUCGCAACCUAGGCAGAGCAUUCCGCAUCGGGCAAGGGCUAGUCAGAUGGCCGUGGGUUGUGGCGGAAUGGCAGCCUUUUCGGCGGCGAUUGAUUACUACAUGGAAUAUAUGGAAUAACACAGAGAGCGCCACUAGCUCCUUGAUAUUUGUUCUGCAACCACGUCUCAGAUCUGCGUCGUGCAACGUGGUUGCAAUUUUUGAUACUUCCCUGGGGUCAAGAAAACUGUAGAUGCUGGACAGGAAACGUCCGUACCGCUGCUCCGCACCGGCGGCGAUUGUGCUCGCUCCUAGAGUGUGAAUAAGGGUCGUGUGAUGUCACUAUACCAUACCUCAACACUUGAACAAUAUUCGCAAAGGCCAGGCAAGCGCAGAGCAAUCGCGGUGGUAGUUUUCCUCAAAGGAACUGCCCACGGUUAUUUUCUCUCGAUGACGGGCUGUGACGAUCUGCGGGUCCUCGCGUCUGCUGCCAGAACCCUGCUCCGAUUUAUAGCUACUUAUCCAGAGAUGCAGAGGGAGGCCUAAUGUGAAUCGCCUAGAACUUGCCGAUGAUCUCUGCAGGAAAGACUACGAAGUGCGAGGCCUUUUUAAGUCCGUAGAGCACCACGAUCAUAAGUUGCACUUCCUUCUUGUAAACGUGGCUUUGCUUGAGAUAAAUAUGAUCCCAUUUUUUUGA